AUGUCUAGUGAAACGUGUAAUGUUAGUCAAGGAUCUAGCUGUAGUACAGAAUUUAGAAACUUUAAGUUACCUGAGGUUAAGAUACCUGUGUUCUCUGGAAAUUAUAGUGAGUGGCAGACGUUUAGGGAUUUAUAUUUAGGGUUAAUACAUAAUAAUAAAACUCUAGACGGUGCACAGAAAUUAUAUUACCUUAAAGGGUACUUAACUGGAGAUGCAGAACAACUAUUAAGAAACAUUAAUGUAACAUCGGAUAAUUAUACGGCUAGUUGGGAAAAAUUAGAGUCAAUGUACAACAAUAAAAGAUUUUUAGCAAAGGGAAUUUUAAAACGUUUGUUUAAUCAAAAGAGUUUAACUGUAGAAUCAGCUACUGAAAUAAAAAGAUUACUUAGCACUACAUCUGAUUGCUUAGAUUCAAUAAAAAAUUUAGGGAUAGAUGUAACUUCUUGGGACAUCCUAAUAAUACUUAGAUAUUGUUAG